AUGUGUCUGAUGUCGCCAGGAACGACCCUUCUUUGUGUUUUCAGUAUUCUGGUCGCUUUGUGUGGAGGGUUGAACCUUGAAGAUGCUGGUAAGUGAAUUCAGCUGGCCGAAGCAUGUUUACAAUCUUCGGAACCAAAAGCGCGUUUUUUGACACUGCUCUAAAAGGCUUUCUUUUUCAGCAGAGUACCUCGCUUCGGGCUCAGAAUUGUGCUGUUUUUGAUUUCUGUGUACUCGUGCUAGGUAGAAAAUGGAUCUGCUGGUAGUUCUACAGCUUGUUUACUUGAGAGUCAGUGUUUUUUUCCAGUUCGUUUAAACACCACGGGAAGCGAAUUGUAACACAAAGUUAAGCUCAAACAGUUUCAGCAACGGAGAUGAUAUUGAAAAUUCCUCGUUUUUUUGUCGCUUGAAACAAUAAGUUAAACAAGAAUAAGUGUAAAAGGUGAUAACUUUACCUUUUUCUGACUAAUUUGCAAUAUUAAAGCACCGAGAGUUUUCUUUUGCGGCUCUCUACCUAGGCAAUGACAAACCAUGCGCCAUAUUGCAAAUAUUCACAGCAACUAAUUUGUGCGAAGAUUUGCAUUGCUUUUGCAAAACGUUUUGUGUUCGUACAAUCUUUCUACGUUUAGUUUUCUUUCGUUUACCUAUCGGGUACUGUGCUAGGAAAUGUGAACUGGAUUUCGAUCCUAUUUGACAAAGUAAAGUAGGUUGUCGCCAAACAAUGUCUCUUAUGUACCUUCGGUUUCUUGUCAUAAAUUUUGCGAAACCUUCUUUUCUGUUGAAACAAUGCAUUCACGGGAUAUAGAACAUACUAAAAUACUUAUCUACGCCUUAGAUUUGCCGAAAGGUUUCUCAGUUUGUUGGUUUUUUAUGGGGCCCAUGUAUGUAAAAUACUUUCAGAUAUCGACUUUUCGAGAUUUAGAUUACUUUGUAAUUUGCAUGCGUAACGAAGCAGUUGGAAAGUUUAUUAAGCUUUCAUGAUAGAAAUGCUUUCCUAGCUCGAUUGACUAAUUUUCACUUAAUCUGAUGUUUAAAUGCCUCCCAUUCCAAAUUUCGUCGAUGAAUGAUUCAUUUUCUUUCCUCUUUAUCUGUCAUUUUUAUUAAAGAACUUUAAAUACCAGCGUCAAACUAUUCGUUUCGACUGUACGUUUCCAAUUUUCGUCAUUUUUGCACAAAUAAUGAGUUUUUAUAUGUGCAAAUAAAGUCAGACUACUUUUUAUUGAAGUAUUUGGGGCGCUUUACUGCAGAAAAAACAAUAUCCGAUUAACUCCCAGACGAGGAAACUCGGUGAGUUGAAAUGUGGAAACAUGAUACAGCCAAACUUAAAAAGUACCCUGUCCAAUAUCUGGAAUUAGGAAACUCUUAGUUUCUCUUUGCUGGGGAAUUUUUUACAGUUACGCAAAGGAACAAAUUUAAUGCUGGGCUGUCAUUUUCAUUUGUGUCCCAAACGUUCUUCCCAAGGAUCGAACCUAAUAUUGUAAAAACGAUGUUAAAACAUAAGCUUUUAAAUGUUACAUGUUUGCAUGUACAUCAUCUUCUUGAUACAGUAAAUAUGGUAUGGAAGUUAGCUUCUUCAAAUUUUUCAACUUUUUUCUUUUGCCAAUGACGUGAUCCUCUAUAAACUGACAUACUAUGUCAUCUUUCCUCUUCAUAUCUACACCCUUUUUUGAGGGUCUUUCCGUAUAGUCAAAAAUAGCACUUAAAACGUAAAACCAUUUUUAACCAAAUGCAGCUAUCUAGUAUUUAAUGUACCGUGUCUCUUGCAAACAACCCUGUCCGUUGGUAAAACACUCAGACAGUGUAAGAAUUGAGAAUUAAUUGAUGCUUCAGGGUCUAUUUGGGUUGUAUCCUGCCAUUAUUUUCAGCAUACAAUAUUGUCAAGGUGCAAGUGUUCCUUUCUGCUUGACUUGGUCUUUUCAAUUCGAUUUUCAAAUAGCACUCCCUUUUAUUAGCCAAGCUUGAAAUUUAUUAAACAAGUUUUAUAGAAUCAGAUAUAUGGCUCUUGGUGUUUCAUUGCUGGUGAUUUACAUUUACAAUGGCAUGGCGUGGCAAAGUGCAAGAUUAGGCCUUUGGGUUAAUCCUUGAGCAUAAAAAAUAAAAUGUAAAUUCACAGACAGUCCCUUGCAAAUCAAUGCUCACAUCUCAAGGCAUGAACAUUGAAAAUCGUAAGCUCAUUAAAUAUUUGUCUUCUGUACUCAAAACUCUUAUGGAGUGAAACUCAACUUGAGACAAUAAUAAUUAUUAUUUUGAAAUUAUGAACAUGUGAAAAUCACGGUCGGUCGUGGUGUUUGAAUCUGUUCAUUACAAACCUGUGAAAGGAUGAUGAUGAAGUUGUGAAUAUAUUAAAAUCAUAUAUGUGAACUGCGGAACCAAUUCGACGCCCUGUUCCCAGUUGGCUUGUUAGCUUAAUUGGUAGAGCACUGCACCAGUAUUGCAGAGGUCAAGGAUUCGAAUCCUGUUCAAGCCUAAAUUGUUUUCAGGCUUUCUUUUUGCAACUGCACAAGUUGCGUAUAUAACUGCGAUGAUCUUCCUUCAAAUAAUUAUAAUUUUAUUUUCCCAAGUUAAAACAAGACAAGAUAGUUUUGAACUAAGGAAAUAAAUGAGCUUUUUGCUUAAUAGCAUUCAGGCUGCCCAUACAAGUGCUAUUUAUUUCAAAAGUUGCCAUCUUCACUACUUGAGGAUUGAAAACAAUUACUAAAAGCCAUUCUGACCUCUUUGACUGAUUAAGCAUCAAUAUUAUUGGUGAGAGAAAUGUGACUGAUUUUGCUAACGCUAAUGACUGAUGUUGAUGUGGUUUCAAUGACCCUUGAUCUCACAUACUGUAUGUAACUUCCACAGGGUUUGACUUUGUACAGAAUGAGUAUGCUCGCGCCCUCACUGAGUAUCAUGCUGUUAACAAGACGGUAAUGCACAUCAGGGCUGCUGGGUGCCGCAAACAACCAGUCACAUAUGCAAUCACCGAAUCAGGCACACCUUUCAGAAUUGAUGAAAAAGGCCACAUUUGGCUCGAUAAGCCUCUGAACUCUGAGAAAGUGAAGUCAUAUGUUCUGCAUGUGAAGGCUGUGUGUGGAAAUGGCGAGAAGAAAGUUGCAAAUACUGUGGUACACUUUAACGUGAUCAACAUGAACAAACAUGCGCCGCAGUUCGAAUUUGAAAAGUACAGCUGUGACAUAGUUGAGAACACCCGUGAAAUGCGCUUUAACCCUACAUUGAGAGUCCUGGAUGCCGAUCGUGGAGAAGCCGGCAGAAUAAAGAAUGUAACAAUUGUCGAAUCUGGUCUUCCUUUUGUUUUCACUGUUGAUGAGAAUGGAGUUGUUACAGGGAAAGCAACUAAAGACAUGGAUGCAGAGGACAUCACCAAUUACUUCUUCGACAUUAUUGCUUGGGAUAAUGGACACCCUUCUAAAUCAUCUUUCCCCGUGAGCUUGGAGUGUGAAGUGGAUGAUGUGAACGAGUUUCCACCACAGUUUAUGAAAGACAGCUACCAAGCAACCAUCCAGCGUGGGAGGGCUUACGACAAUAUCUUGCAGGUACAUGUACAGUACAUGUAUAGUUUUAUGUUAGAGGUGCAAGGGAAGAUCAAGAAGGAUGGAUAGUAUCAUUUCCACUUAUGUACCUAACUUUGUCUCUCCAAUUUUUUUUACAAAGUAUCAGUAACUACAUUGACUUGGAUCUGUGAAAUUUCUCUUUGGCAAUCAUAAGUUGCACAUGUGUAGGGUACCCAUAGAGUACAGUAAGCCAAUCAAGCCAUUAUCAGUUUGUUGUAUGAAUCCCUCAUUACUUCGUUUUAACAUAAUCUUUUUGCUUCACUGCAAUAUGUUUUUUUGCAGACACUCAGUUACCACUGGCUACAAGUUAUUUACCUAUGCCUACAGAUAAACUGGUUAACUGGAAAUUCAACAAUGUUGUUAUUAACAUAUCUUUUUUAUUUUACUCUUCUAGAUUCUUGCUGAAGACAAAGAUAUGGGCUUGGUCAGUGGUCGUGUAUGCAAGUAUAUCGUCGAAGGUUUCAAUUUGCCUUUCAAGGUGAGUGAGCAAGGUGUUGUGAGCCUGGACGAGCCGCUGGGACCAGAUGCUUAUGAUACGUAUGAUUUCCAAGUGGAUGCUGUGGACUGUAGUGGAAUGAUGUCAUUGAAAAGUGCGAAGAUAUCCAUUACCGUGAAGACACCUUGCCAUGUAGGUAGGUUAUAGCCAACAGGUUUGCAAGUCACGAUUCACCAAUCACUGAGACUCUGUAUGGCAACAUUAGUAGUUCAAUGAUGACGCUUAUUAAGUGUAAUAAUACUUUUUUGAUUCUCUUGUUUCCGUCGUCAUAGUUUUUGCUCAAGCUCACUAGUAGCAUUAUCUCUCAAAACAAUUCUUGAUAUAUGUAUGUGACAAUUUUGUUGAAAAACCAACUAUUUGAUGGACAAGGCGUGAUAAAAAAAAUGACAUCCACAGAUACCCAUGGAGAGGGCUCUACAGCAUACCACAGAGAAAUCGCUGAAUACUUUCUUUAUUGCACUUUCUCUGACCCCCAUCACCAACCCAUUCCUUCUCUUGUUGAGAAGCUAUUUCAAUUAAAAUAGAAGGAUCAGUAUCAUUAUGCAUACAGGAUGAAAAAUUAACACUUUUUUUUCAUAUGUCUUUAAGAUAAUUUUAGUUCAUAAUUAUGUUGUACACUGUACUGUAUUUUAAUACUUACAUCAUAUGAACUUCCACUCCAACCUUAUUUAUAGGUGGUGAAUAAUUUUUGAUUUUCUGCCUACAUACUGAUACAGUGGAACCCCGAUAACUCAAACUCCCCGCUAAAUCGAACUAAGUCCAAUUGCCUUUGGAUUUCACCCACUUUUCCAUCAUUUUUACUUGGUUAACUCAAACUCUGAUAACUCGAAUUCAAUUUCCUUUCCCUUGAUCAAAAAUUCACUGAAAUUUACCGCGAUAAGUCAAAUUCUGGUUCUUGUAACUCCACUCAAAUGCCAUCCCAUUAGCUCUUCUUGUUGUAUGAGGGUAAAAACACUAAACCUAACACAGUCAAGAAUGCUACAGCAAUUUAAUUUUAAUUGGUGCAAUGAACAGAUCAUGUUUUAUCAGAAAAAUGGUUAAUCAUUUUACCAUUUCUGAUGAAAUAAGUUAGAUUUGCACUGCACUAUACACUGAAGUGCUGAAAAAUCAGUAACUAUCAAUUUUUAACAUGGCAAAUUAAAUUUUACAAUGACCGUGAUAACUCAAACUGUUUUUCUUUUCCCUUCAGAGUUUGAGUCACUGGGGUUCUACUGUACUUCCUUUUGGUCAUUAAUUAUUAAUGUUAGAAGUCUAGAUUUUUGUCUGUUAUGGUGUUGGAGAGGAUGCAGGAAAUGAUAAAAAUAAUUCUAAUUUUUUAAAUAUUGUUUACUCCAUAUAUUCCUUGUUCUUUACUAAUAAUUUGAACCUUUAAACCAAUGAAUAACUUAAAAUGAAAUUAGUUUAUUUCUAUGUAUUUGCUAUUUUUUUUUAAAAAAAAAAUUGUCAACUUGGGUCCAAAACUGUUGAUAUCCAUUUGGAAAUAAUAAUUUUAUUCUAGUUACAUGUAAGCUGCCUCCCUUAGGUUAUAGGCUGGCACAUUAGUGUUCAUCUAUUUAUAUCUUGUUUGGUUAUGUUCAGUUUACAAUGGAAGUCAGAGUUUCAAUUUUUUUCUUGGCCUGAAAUAAAGUAUGUGUAUUACUAGCAAUAACCAAAGGUUAGGCAUUACAGGCUAGCCUCCCUUGAAGGCAUUUUUAGUGGAGCUUGUAUUUUGACCCUCCCCACAAACACCUGCUAAACCAAGAAUAUUCCUUUGCCAAGCUUAGCCAAUCACAUUGUACCUUACGAUAAUUACUUGAUCUACAUGAAACACUGAGAAAGCUUCACGACCUCUAAUAAAUGUUACACUCAGAGCAGUAAAAGUAAGAUUUACUCAGUCAGAUUUUAGAAUACUCUGAGAACUACAUAACCAGGGGGUUCAUUAAGGGCCGGGCACCGGGCAAAUUGACCGGCUGUGAACACGACUUUGCCUGGCUGCUUUACAUCUCAAAGAACUUCUUUUUAAUACAAGGAAACGAUCAAAAACAGUUUUAAGUUACAAUCGUGCCCAUUUCUUGAUGAGUCUUAUCGAGUGUAAAACAUACUUUGCCAUGCAAUUUCCACUUUAUUACACGCGGCAUGAAAUCCCCUCGUUCUUUGUGUGUUAAAAACAAGAAUCGCCCCAUAACACAUUGCGAAAAGAACUGUGCUUCAUAAACAACCACCUGAAAUGUAUCAGUGUUGCGAGCAUGUGAGCAUGGCGGCCCAGAAAAGAACGCGUUCGAUAGCGUAUUAUUUUUCGGCUUCAACCAAAGGGCCUCCAGUAGAGAAAAGACCAAGAGAUGAGUAGACUUCUUUGUGAUUUAACCUUUUACUUGCCUGUGUAUAUUGAAUGGCUUAAUCAUCAUGCUCAACGAAGCGAAGCGUGAUUUUUAUUCGUCUUAUGGUUUACGCCAAUGAAUUAAUUUUCGGUGCGUUCACGUUAAAACAGUGCUCCUCCCGUCUAGUCAUUGAAAUUUUAAAGAUAAGUUGAUUACGGCUCAGAUGCUGACGGUGAGUUUGAGUAAAGAUUAUUAUGAGCAGAGCUAUUAAAAGAGAACCAAAAAGUCCAAUUUGUGUGGUGGGUAUUGGUAUCAAAUCAUGAUUAAAUUGUCUAGAAAAGUUAUCUUUUUUUGGUUGUUGAAAGUCAUUGUCUGCAGCUUCAAAAUGCAGGAAAACACAUCCUUACGACUAUAGAAUUUCAAAAUUUUCCGGGGGAACAUGCCCCCGGACCCCCCUAGAGGGCAAGGCCCGGAGGGCCUUGCCAAUUCUUUGCCCAGGUGUCAAACUCACUUGCCCUCCUGUUCAAAACCUUAAUGAACCCCCUGCAUAACCUUAGCAAAGGAAAGAAAAGAAGGAAAAAAGUAAUUAUGGGGCGAUGUUUUUACACUAUCACGAGCUCAUGAGUUGCGUUUAGCAUGUUAACACUUUAUUGCAAAACUGUUGAUUGGUCACUUACCACUAAAAAUGCCUGCGUGGGAAAACAAGGUGGGAUUCAAAAAUGUUGCCCCAAUUCUUCAGUUGAGCUUCAAGUUCCAUGGGAGGGACAAAAUUUUACACCCUUUCCCUAAAAAUGCUUGAUGGAGUUUUGUAAGGUGACUGAGGCUUUGAGUACAGGCUAUGAGACCAUUCAAAUGCUCUCUACCUGUCCUAUUUAUUUGGGAUGUAGUUCUAACUUUUGAGUCUGUGGACAAAAUCCUAUGAUGUGACCAUUCAAAUGAAAGCUCUCUGCCUGUACUUACACAUGGUGCUGGUUGUUUUUCAAAAUUUUACAAAAUGAAAUUUGCAAACUUGCUCGAAAUUUGCCUUUGGCUUUGUUUGGCAGUGAAAGGGUUAAUAUGAGUGAAAAAAGGUGCAAACAAGGGAAAUCAGAUUGGGUUCUAUACAUUCCAUUAUUUAAUUCUUUGUGGAAGUUUAAAGAAAUGCUGGCUACAUACAUGUAUGUAUUGCGCAUGUGUAAUAUACAUUACAUGUAGGAUUGCCGGCCCCUCUGGUCGCCCACAAUUAUUUUAGUAGUCUCACUUUGAGUAUAUGAUUUUUCUUGUUGAAUUUGGGCUCAAUUUCAAACUAUUUAAACAAAUUCACUUGUUUGUUCUGGUGCUUUUUUUUUUACAGAGUUUGUUGGUCCCGCCAAACACGAGCUCACACUUCACCAAUGCACGGGAAAAGUGAUGGUUACUCCCGAUAUCAAACUGAAUGAUUGCGUCAGGAAGGAGAAAAAUGCCAACUUUUCUGCUCUUGUUUAUAUGGAGACACCUUCUGGGAUGGGCUGCGACAGAGAAACCUUUGAAGCAUCUGAUAUUUACACACUUUGCGGAGCAAGUGACUUUAUUGAUCUUCUUCCCAGACCUGGAACAGGCAGAGAAUGGACAAAGAAGUUGAAAGUAUUUACUAAAAAUGGGGAGGCAAAGGUUAGUUUUUCAGUAGACUAGUGAAACCUUUAUAGGCAAAUCCUGGCUGACAUCAAUGUGUACAUUUUGGCAUAUUAGCAUCCAAGUUUACCCCGUGAAGAAGAAAACGUGAAAAGAUUUAUUGUUGAUAACAGCUAAUUUUUAGCUGUAAUUGUUGUUUACUUUCAGAAAAGAAUGGCUACUUCUUUGAUGGUAAAACUUAUGUUGAAGUUCCCGACACUGCUGUGCCAGAGGACAUUGGUGAUAAGUUCACCAUCAGCACUUGGGUCAAGAUGGGUUUGUCAAAGGGUCGUCAGACCAUUGUUGCCAACACUGACAAGGAACGUCUUGACCGUGUCCACUUUUCCCUGUCAGUUUCUGGAAGCAAGCUUUUCUUUGUUCACAGACGGGAGGCAAUCCAUGCCAGCCGCAAUCUCUACUGCAAUGCGGAGUUCCAGUAUAAGCCAGUCAUCUUUGAUUUUCAGUGGCAUCACAUUGUUGUAGUUGCUGAUGGCUGUGCUGCCAAGUUGUUUAUUGAUGGAGUUCAUCAACCAUCAGUGGUGGUAACACCUGAUUGGACCCUUCACAAGUCAAAAUUGAGAAACAGGUUGACCGUUGGUGCUCGUUACCUGGCUAAGGAAGGUGUUUACAGCGAGUACUUCACAGGAUAUCUUUCUGGACUUGCAGUCAAACCCAACACCACUUUGGAUGAACAGGUUUGUUGUAUACGUUACAGGUCAAAAUUAAAUUCAGGUUAAAAGUUUUUAACCAAGGUUGAUUGUCUCCUUAAGCCCUAAUUAUUCAUGAGUUAGGGCUUUGGUAUUUUCCUCAAAUCAACAGCUAAAUAAUAUUUGGCUUUCGACUGUGAUGAGCAUGAGCAUACUCAUGAUGAUACCUUCAAGUGACUCCUUUUGUGACCUCCUCUCGUAAGCAGCCACCUAUAUCCAAAACACCCAAUUUUUUUCAGGCAAAGCCCUAUAAUUAGGACCUCUCAUAAGUGUCUGCAACCACUCUUUGGCCUGACAGUUUUAAAGUUUUCCACUGUUUUUAACCUCUUGUAAGCAACCGUUUGGUACAUGGGUUUUAGAUGUUGUGGUCUCUGUUCGUUGUAUGUACUACGCCACGCAGAGACGUAUGUGCACAAGGAAGGUUCAGGGACAACAUGGAACUGCACAUAUACGUAACUUAGAAACUGCAAGACUAGUAAUAAGUUCUUUGCCAAAAAGUAGAUGGUUCUGGACCUUUUUUUUGAAAAGACCCCCCUUUGGUACAAUUCUCAUAUAAGUAACCACCUCCUGUAACCAGUGUGCAAAGAAAGUAGGGCGUGCAAAGAAAGUAGUGUCUGAUAGUCCAGGGCCAGUGGAUUUUGCUAUCGGGCUAGAUAAUUCUGUUUUUAACUUGCCUGACGGACAGGUGAUGUUUUUUGAGGAAUUCAAAUAACAGAAGAACUGUGAAAUCAAUUCUGCUCGUCAAAAAGCUUUUGGGGCUAGUUGAACUGACGUCUGGGCUAGUAAAUGCUAGCUUCAGCUUACCCGAAUGGCAAGCUGUAAAAAUGAUUUUCUUUGCACCCUGUGUAAGCAACCCAAGUAAUGACCAAUCAUUAAUGUGCCAUAAUCAUAUCAUUUCCGUGGUCUGUGCUCUCUUUGACCACAGCUUUUGACAAAUCAGCAUGCAAAAAGUCGCUCUGUUUUUGAACUGAGCAUUUUUUUGAUCUGCCUCAGAUUCUGCAUUGUGUGGUUGGAUGCAAAGAGCAUGUAAAAGUUGACGGUCCAGUACCAGGAAAGUUCUCUGCAGAAACCAUUGAUUUUGCAACCAUCAGAAUCUCUGGCAUGGGAGCCCCAGAUGACUUUGUUAAGGCAUUGCAGCAUAUUGUGUACAUUAACGAGCGCUUGGUACCCACACCUGGAAAAAGAUCUGUGAUGAUCAUGGCCACGUUCAACUCGACUCCCCUUCAGACGGUCAAUGUUGACAUCAAUGUUGCAGGUAACACUAGGCCAGUGAUAGUGGUACAAGGCCUGGAUGCUGACAUUGGCUUAAACUGGAUGAAGAGGGACGUCUUGCGAGAAAAGGGGCAGCGGAUCUUUGAAACCCUAGAAAUUACUUAUGAGGGCUGCGAGAAGGAAGAGGAUUCACCUGUGGACAAAGCACGACUUUUGGACAUGGCAAUUGUGACAGUUGACCCUCCAUUUAAGAAGGAAGAGAGCUUUAACUUUCCUCAUGGCAUCAAAGGUUUGAAGGAAAAGGGAUUGAGUGUUAGUUUCAACAAAAAAGAGCUGGUCAUCAGAGGCAUUGCCCACUUCUCGGAGUACGAAGAUGUUCUUCGGCAGAUGGUUUACAUUAAUUUGGAUCCAGCUUCUAACUUGCACCGAGAAUUCACUGUAAGUUUUUCUUUCAUUCAUUUUCUCUCCUACUUUUGGAUUCAACAUUAAAUAAUUUAUUAUUGAAUCUGCAAGUAAAACUGAUACAAUAAUAACAUUUUUAUAAAACAUCUAACCUGAGUCCUAACCUACAGGUCUGUGGACAAAAUUCUUUGAUGUGGUAACCAGAGAGUUGUUUACCUAAGUUUACUUAAAAUAGAUUUUGCAUAGGCUCGCAGUGAAAAUAAACAUUCUUUCACUUUUUUGGACAAUUUAUGGCUACAUGAUGUGUAGAAUUUUCAGCCCAUGGUGCAGCCUCUUAAAGUGACCCUUCUUUGGCAGUUUUUAGGGGUUUUGAUCAUCACCCACCAUAUGCCCUUUUUUGCUAUCCCUCUCUAUCUGGCAUGGGUAUUUUGUAGAAUGCCAAACAGCCAUCGAAUGCUAAAUGACUCUGAAGUUCAGUGAUUAGGGUUAGGAAACUAAGUGAGUCAAGUUUCAGGUCAGUUUUCCCAGAGUCAUUGGGCAUCCUGUAAAAUACGCCUCCCGACCUCAACCUGGAAAAGUGACAGACCAUCUGGAGUUUUUACCUCGGGAAUGACAAAAUGUGGCUUGGAUUGUUUUCUUGCCAUUUUGAAGUCUGGGUUAUUCAGAGUCUGAAUAUUAAUUUGACCUUUGUUCCUCCACAGGUGAUGGUCUCAACAUUGAAAGGCAAAUGUGUGAGCGACAAGGAACAACUUAACCUCAACACCAUCUACUCAAACAGAGGGUUAGGGAAAUAUGAUGUCAAGUAUGCCAAGAGCAGCCUAAAGGAAGAGGAGAUGGCUGGAGUUGUGUCAAUGGAGGGUGGUUUUGCUGGAGUCACAUCAAACAGCAUCUCUGCUGGAAUUAUGGCUUUGAUCAUUGUUUGCAGUCUGUCUAUUUUCAUCCUUCUUGUGGUGAUUGGCAUCUAUAAGUACAGACAGUAAGUUCGUGUUUUUCUAGAUUUUCAAGAACAUACUGUACUGUGAAUCGUACAUGAAUGAUCACAAAGACUCCAAUGCUAACUUACAACUAUUACAGCAUCUAUAGUUUUGCUUGAAGUUAAUCUUCUCCUUUCUUUAUAAUUUACCAUGAAUUUUAUGAUGCUUUCUAUAUAACCAAAUGAAUCAUUCAAAUUCAAGACAUAUCAAAUUACGGGGCUUGAAAGAAGAUCUGUUUGAAAGUCAUGGGCUUGUAGAUUUCUUUUCUGCAAGUAACUUUUAAUGCUCACUUGCCCAAUGAACAAGGCUCUGGGCAGGUCAUGUUCUAAAAAGACAUGCAAGCAGUGGCCCUGGGCAAGCGAAAUUUAAGGUCUGGUUUCCCAAAGGAAAGCUGGAAUAAAAUAUUCAAGUCAUUUUUAAGUCCUUAAAGUUACCAGUAAACUUCAUCUUGGGAAUUGCACUGCACUGCACGGUCGGAAUCAAAUGUUAUGACAUCCAUAAAUGAAAAGGUUACUGUUAUGUUUUAUCUAUUGUGCUAAAUGUUCUUUCUUACUCUUGUAGAAAACCUGAAACUGUGAAAGUUGCUGCACCAGGCGAUGACAAAGAAGAGAUGUACUGGGACGACACUGGUCUCAGUGGUGUGCGUAUUACGCUUAAUCCCAUGCAGAAAUUUCAGGAGCUCGAUCUGAAUGAAGAUGGUGCCAACACAGACAAGUCUGACACAGAAGAUGAGGAGGGCGGAGCCGCCAAGGGCUUGCUUGAAUGGGAUAACUCUGAUAUGUAAACAGGAUCAAUUAAAGUUUCUGGGUAACUUACCACCUCCCCCCCUCCACCACUCAGUCACAAUUUUGCCCAAAGUGAGAAGGAAGUGUUAAUGUUGACUUAGGGGAGGGGUAGGUGGUUAGUCAUCCAGAAACCUCGGUUGAACCUGUAAACAUCUGUACUGUGCCUCUGGCAGUUCUUUAAUGCUACAUUACAUGUGUGCGCAAUGUAGCAACUUUUAAUUGCAGUUAUGGUACUAAAGUUUUUUUGUUGGAUUUAAAAUUUUGGUUGUGUGAACAUCAUACAAACUGCAAAGGGAAGUUAUUUCUUCUAGACAUAUUGAAUUUACAUAUCUAACCAUUCUUCAAUCAACUUUAUGGUACAACUUUUUUUUUUACCAUUUUUGGUUUGCCUUUACCUUUUUUUACACUAGGGCAAUUUUUUGUCCACUAUAUAUGUUUUAGUGUGUCAGUUUUCAUAUAUUUAUUCAAAUAUUUUUUGUAGAGUUUUUUUUUAGUUGAAAGUAUUUGUACGAGGGAUAAGGAUUUAUAUAAUAUAGAUUUAGGGAUGAUGUAUAGUCUAAAACUGGUGAUUUUUCUAACGUUGUUUUUUGUUUUGAUGAAUUUUGUUAAUCUUUAUCUAAAUGUUGACAUGAAACAAAUGAAAAAGCCAAAAAAAAAAAACGGUAUUAUUAAACAUAGUAACCAAUUGCAAAUGUGAAGGAAGCCAUAAACAUCGUAAAAAAUAAUAAUACUGUGAAAGCUGUAGUUACUAAUGCGAUUUGUAGACUGGAAAUAAUCUUGUGUUCGGAGUUCGUUCUACCUCUGGAAUUCCAGGAAGUUUGUUGGAAUUUUAAACCUUUUUUUCCAGGGUCGUGAAAAAUUUGGGGAAUUUCAAAAUUUUGUUGGAUGGAUGCCGUAAAAGAUGCACGUGAGAGAAGUAGAAGCUGUUAGUUUUUUAA